GGUGGGGGCGUGGUGGACCUUAGCAGAGGGAGGAAGGAAAGGGGCAUCCAUUCACAAAGGUAGCAGGUGGCUCUGAGAGGUAGGGACACACAGAGAUGCACACACAGAGUCUCAGAAAGUUUGACAAGGGCUUCUAGAGGUGGUGAGGCUGGCUGGGGCAUAGGCUUCAGUGCUGCAGGGCCUCCCUCUUUGCUUCUGGCCAGAGUGCUUCUCAAUGUCCUUGUGCCUGGGUCCUGACUUGCAAUGUGAGGAGCACCACACUGCCUCCAUGAAGAGUCGACCAGUUAUCAUGGCCCAUCAGGCACCUGCAAAUACUAAGUCAGAAGCACUGAGGAGCUGGGUGUGGUGGCGCUCGCCUGUGAUCCCAUAGCUGUCCUGUGAUCCCAGUGGCUGGGGAGUCUGAGGCAGCAAGAUUGCAACUUCAAAGCCAGCCUCAGAAACUGAGAGAGGCCCUAAGCAACUUAGUGAGACCCUGUCUCAAAAUGAAAAAUAAAAAGGACUGGGGAUGUGGCUCAGUGGUUAAGUUUCCUGGAUUUUUUUAUCCCUGGUAUUAAAAAAAGGCACUGAGGAAAUCAAGGCUGGAGGGGCACAUAUGUUCCCUCCAGCUCUUCCAGCCCAGAGCCUAAGAUGCGCUGUCACCUGAGUCACCUGAGGGUCUUGUGUACCAGGCCACCUGGGUCUGGGUAGGCCUGGGUAUAAGAAAACCUGCCGCUAUAAUGAGGACACUGCCCUGCUGGGCCCACUUGGGGACUGAAAGGGAGUCCUCCAGGAUGAGGCCCUCCCCCUCUGCAGGUGAUGGCAGGGCCAGGUGUUGGAGGAGACCCCUUCCUGGUCCAUGGCAGUGCCAACUACCUGUCACUGGCCCCAAAGCCCAGGAUUGUUUGGGAGAGUCAUUGGUGCAGCAGGAGACAGCAGUGACCUCCACCUACACUCAGAGCCUGUGGCCUCCUGUUUCUGCCUCCUUACCUGGAAAACUGGGAGUGCUCCUUGACCCGGCCUGCAGCUAAGGUCCCGAAGAUGCCAUGACCCUCUGCUAUGCCUGGGAGGUGGUCAGGGAGAGGAUCAGAGAGCCCAUUCUAGGCCUCAUUAUCGGCCCAGAGUUUCUGAAGGAUCCCUCACCCAGGCACAUCAGAGGUCACAGGUGCCUAGGUAUGCUCACUUUUGCAGGGAGCAAGAGACAUCUCCUCUGCUCCUGAAUGUGGCCCUCCUGCCCCACUGUCUCUCCUGAGAUUCUGGAUAGGAAUCUCCUUGUCAAGAUCCCGAACCUCUGCUCCUGUGAGCACUCCACAUCCACUCUGCAUAGGGCCUCUGUGCAGUGCCUGGGGGGCUGGGACAGGCCCCAAAGGAAGGGGCCCUCUGACUCAGAGUUACAGGAAGAACGAGGCAGGCGGGGCAAGAGCCACCAAUUGCCCGCCCCCGGGAAGGGGUGGGUGCCUGGGUGGGGUUUAGGGUUAGGAGAGGAUGUGACUGCAAGGCCAGGAAACUACUAGGAAAGUUCUGAUUAAAAUACAUCAACAAAAGCCAGGUCCUCACUGAGCUUGGUGAUGCAUCUGCAGUACUGUGGCCGCUCCCUGGGACCUGGCUGAGGUGGAGUGUGCUCCUAGAGCAAAGCAAUGAUCUCAGUGACCAGCUACCCCUGGGAGGAAAGAGCUGGAACCAGCAGCUUCUGACCUGUCCAGGAACUCUCUCCAACUGGUCACAAGAACAGAGAGGGGUCCUGCUUAGCCAUCAGUGGACCAGUCUGCUUGGUUAAGGAUCCCCGUGGAGCCAGGGGUGACACCAGUGUCCAGCCUACCCUGACGAGGCCCAGGCCAGAGCCAUGGCAGGAGUCUGUGACAGGGCCCCUGACUUCCUCUCCCCCUCUGAAGACCAGCUCCUGGGGCCUUCCCUGGGUAGUACAGUCACACUGAACUGCACAGCUUGGGUGGUCCCUGGGCCUUCUUGCCCACAGCCUUCAGUCCAGUGGCUAAAAGAUGGGCUUCCACUGGGCAAUGGAAGUGACUACGUCCUCCAUGAGGAUUUCUGGGUCAAGGCGAACUUCUCAGAGAUGCUCGUAUCCAGUAUUCUGGGGGUCAACUUGACCAGCGAUGAGGACUAUGGGGCCUACACCUGCUCUGUCCAGAAUGUCAGCUCCUCUUCCUUCCUUCUCCAGAGAGUUGGCCCCGCAGGCCACGUAGCUGCGGUACUGGCCUCCCUCCUAGUCCUGCUGGCUCUGCUGUUGGCUGUGCUGCUCUACGUUAAGUGUCGCCUCAAUGUGCUACUUUGGUACCAAGACACUUACGGGGAGGUGGAGGUGAACGACGGGAAGCUCUACGACGCCUACGUCUCCUACAGCGACUGUCCCGAGGACCGCAAGUUUGUGAACUUCAUCCUGAAGCCACAGCUGGAGCGUCGUCGCGGCUACAAGCUCUUCCUGGAUGACCGCGACCUCCUGCCUCACGCGGAGCCCUCGGCGGACCUCCUGGUGAACCUGAGCCGCUGCCGCCGCCUCAUCGUGGUUCUCUCAGACGCCUUCCUGGGCCGGGCCUGGUGCAGCCACAGCUUCCGGGAGGGCCUGUGCAGACUGCUGGAGCUCACGCGCAGACCCAUCUUCGUCACCUUCGAGGGCCAGAGGCGCGACCCCACGCACCCCGCGCUGCACCUGCUGCGCCAGCACCGCCACCUGGUGACCCUGCUGCUCUGGAGGCCUGGCUCUGUGACACCUUCCUCCGACUUUUGGAAAGAGCUACAGCUUGCGCUGCCGCGGAAGGUGCAGUACAGGCCAGUGGAGGGAGACCCUCAGACGCGGCUACAGGAGGACAAGGACCCCAUGCUGAUCGUGCGAGGCCCUGUGGAGGGCGGGGCCCUGGAGCCUGAGCUGGACCCUGACCCUGAGGGAGACCUGGGUGUACAAGGACCUGUCUUUGGGGAGCCACCAGCUCCACUGCGUACAGGUGGUGUCUCACUGGGAGAGGGCCACGGCAAUGAGGUGGAUGUCUCGGACCUCGGCUCCCGAAACUAUAGUGCUCGCACAGACUUCUACUGCCUGGUGUCUGAGGACGAUGUGUAGCCCUGGCCCCAGCCUGGAGCACAGGACCACAGGGGACAGCUGUGGGGGCGGGCGCUGGCAGGUUUCUGCUAGGCAGGACCACAACCCCAGCCUGUAGCCCUGGGCCUCUCAGGGAAGGAAUGCCAGAAAAUAAAGUCCUUUGGCUUUUGCCUAGGCCUU